AUGUCCCUAUAUCGACUUUCCAUUCGCAACUUCACCGCCAAAAGGCCGCAUAACUGUAUUUCAUCCAUUGCGAUGAUCAUCGCUCUGAACCGCAAUGUUCAUAUUAACCACCACCACCUGUUCGAUGAAACGCCCCACGGAGACAUCUCUUCACUCAACUCACUUCUUUCCUCUUAUAUUCAUAACCGAGAAACUUAUGCCUCAUGGAAUCUUUUUCUACACAUGCAUCGCACUCGCUGUGAUCUGAAUUCAUACACUUUUACUCCAGUCUUGAAAGCGUGCUCUGUUUUGCCAAAUCCGAUACGUGGCUUACAAGUCCAUGGUCUGAUUAUCAAAAUGGGUCUGGACUCCGAAACUAUCGUGAAAACUGUCCUCAUUGACAUGUACUCUAAUUAUGGCCAAUUGGGUGACUCUAUACGUGUGUUUGACGAGAUGGGUUUCAAGGAUGUGGUCACUUGGAAUGCUAUGCUUUCUAAUUUUCUAGACCAUGGUUUGCCUAUGAAAGCACUUGGUAUCUUCGAAGAAAUGACGACGGAGAGAGUGGAGUUCAGUGAGUUCACAUUGUGUUCUGUGCUUACAGCUUGCUCUUCCUUGAAAGCUUAUAGGCAGGGUAAGCAAGUUCAUGCGUUGGUUAUUGUGAUGGGCCGCGAUUUAGUAGUGCUUAGUACAGCUUUAAUUGAUUUUUACUCGAAUUGUGGGUAUUUUGAUGAUGCCCUGAAAAUCUAUAACAAGUUACUUUGGAGAAAGGACGAUAUAAUGUGCAAUUCAUUGAUAUCUGGGUGCGUCCGUAACCAAAAGUAUGAUGUGGCUAUGUCAAUUAUGAGUACUAUGAAGCCUAAUACAAUUGCACUUACUAGUGCUCUUUCUGCAUGCUCUGAGAAUUCAGAUUUAUGGAUUGGGAAGCAGAUACAUGGUGUUGGAAUCCGUCAGGAGUUCACAUCUGAUAUCCAAUUGUGCAAUGCAAUACUAAACAUGUAUGCAAAAUGUGGGAAAAUUUUGACAGCGCGUGUAGUUUUUGAAGGAAUUCCUCGAAAAGAUGUGGUUUCUUGGACAAGCAUGAUAGAUGCAUAUGGAACUCACGGUCAUGGUGUUGCAGCCCUUGAAGGGUUUGAGAUGAUGAGGAAGGAGGGAAAAGGCGUCUUUCCAAAUUCCGUGACAUUUCUUGCUGUUUUAUCAGCUUGUGGACAUUCCGGUAUGGUGGAACAAGGUCGAAAUUAUUUUGCUUUAUUUCAAGAGAAGUAUGGUAUCGAUCCAUGUCCAGAGCAUUACGCCUGCGUGAUAGAUAUCUUAGGCCGGGCAGGAUUGAUAGAAGAAGUAUGGUGUCUGUAUAAUGAUAUGGUGAAGAAUGGUAGUACUAAGCCUACAGCAGCAGUUUGGGCAGCGAUAUUAAAUGCUUGUAGAAUUAAUCAGGAUUUUGUGAGGGGUGAGUUUGCUGCAAAGCAUCUCUUUGAGUUGGAACCAAAUAAGCCUGGGAAUUAUGUAGCACUUUCGAAUUUUUAUGCAGCUAUUGGAAAUUGGGAUUCUGUUGACAACUUGAGAAGCAGUAUGAAGAGUAAAGGUAUAAGCAAGGACUCUGGAACUAGCUGGGUAACUGUUGCAGGUGGUGAUGGAGAUUUGAAAACAUCAUCAGCAUGUUAUAAAUGGGGAAACUAG